UUGCUUGUUCAUACACAUUGCUAGUCUAGUAUCAUGGCAAGCAAGGAGAGAGAAGGUUACGAUUUCGUCUUACUUUACCACGAAGAUGACCAAGACAUGGCGUUUGAUGUCUUGGAGUCGGUAGAGGAAAACUUUUCGCUUCGUGGGUUCUUCCACGGAAGGGAUGCCAUUCCUGGGAAGAGCAUUUUCGACCAGUUGGAGACAAGUCUCCAGUUCAGCCGAAACGUACUGUGUCUCCUAACACCGAGAUCCGUGGACGAGGGUUGGGGCAAUUUUCAGAUAGAAAAUGCGGUCCUGACCAGGUUGCUUAGUGAGAAACAUAAAAAUGUUGUCUCAGUGAUGUUGGAAGAAUGUCCCGUACCGAUUGCUCUACAAGAUACUCCACCCCUAAAGCCAACGGGACAGUGGUAUUGGAGCGUUCUGUAUAGGAGCCUUGUUAAAAACACAGGGCCAUGUCCAGUUUCCAUAAGAGCUUCAGCAGAAAAGGUUUUCAAAGCUGUCCAACCAGACAAGGGAAAGGCUGUCACCUUCUGUAGAAACCUGGGUGUCCCUGACGUGGUUUGUGAAGAGAUUUCCACCCAAGCUGCCGGCAUCAGAGCUCUCCUUGUUCAGGUGUUUAACUGCUGGACCAAACAUUAUGGGCAAGAUGGGACGGACAAUAUGGUAGACAUGGCUUUGCGGAAAACGCUUGCAGGUGAAUGCAGACAUUGA